UCUUGCAGCCUUCACAACUUCUUUAAUUUCCACUUCACCAAAAGCUAUAUAAAUCUUGGCAUUUUGCCAAUAAACUCAUUAUUUGUUGAACUUAUAAACAUGGAUAUGGUGAUGAAGUUGGGAGCAACAAGCCCUGCGGUGAUAUUCGCCAAGAGUAGUUGUUGCAUUUCUCAUAGCAUCGAAACACUAAUCCGUAGUUUUGGAGCAAACCCUACCGUUUACGAGCUCGAUAGACAUCCAAAUGGGAAGCAAAUAGAGAAGGCUCUAAUUGAACUAGGGUGUCAGCCAAGUGUGCCAGCAGUUUUUAUAGGGAAUGAGUUUGUUGGUGGUUCUAAUGAGAUCAUAAGCCUUAAUGUGAGAAGCAAGCUAAAACAAUUGCUUAUGAGGGCUAAUGCCAUUUGGGUAUAGAAAUAGCAACUCUACGAGUUUUGAUAGUAAUUAAACUAACCACUUAUGGAGAGUCUUUUAGCUUUCUUUGGAUGGUUGUUUCUUCUCCCAUUUUUCUUCUUGAUGUAUUAAUAAAGUUAUAAUUAUGGCAAUAGUCAUUUAUGCAAUAUAAUGGCGGUUUUGUUUGUUCACUGGUGAUGAUCACAUGAAAUUAGAAGUAAAUAACAAUGAGAAUCUU